CUGAUCGUUAUCACACAUGGAUUAUACUCUCUUCGCUGCUUUUUGUUUGUUUCUGCUGUAGAGGAAACUUUGUCACCAACUGUUUUCAAGUGGGACUGCUGUCUAGAAACAGAGCCAUGACUUUUCUGUUAAGAUGGACUUCUUUCCUUUGGACUGUAACUUUCAUUCCCUGCACUUCUGGAAUGGCAGUGAGUGAACGAACAGAUGGCCUUUGUCCCCAUCUGAGUGUAGAGGAGCACCUGUUUUCUGAUGUCCUAGAUCGUCCCCUGGAAAUCACAGGAUUUGAUCUCACAGAAAAGUUUCUUCUCCGAAAGGGAACAGUCACAGAGGAACUGCCGUCAUUUCGUUUAGGGAGCAGUCCCCUCAUUAAACCAACAAAAGAGAUAUUUCCAAAUGGCCUUUCAAGUGAAUACUCCCUCGUCACCAUCUUCCGGGUGAGAAGAACUACAAAAAAAGACCGCUGGUAUCUUUGGCAGAUAUUCAACCAGUCGGGAGGAAGUCAGGUAUCUGUUGUGGUCGAUGGAGUCAAGAAGUUGGUGGAGUUUUCUUUCCAGGGCCAGCGAAAGAACGUUCUGCGCUACUCAUUUAGGAACCGUGAUCUACAUGCCCUUUUUGAUCGCCAGUGGCACAAGCUGAGCAUUUCAGUACAGAGCAACAUCGUCUCCAUUUACAUGGACUGCAAACUAAUCGAAAGGAGACUGACUGAUGAGAAGGAAAACAUAGACCCCAAUGGGCUCACUCUCAUCACCACACGGAUUGAGGAUGGCCGACCUGUAGAUGUUGAAGUGAAACAAAUCCUGAUCUACUGUGACCCUUAUAUGGCUGAAAUGGAAAAUUGCUGUGAGCUACUGGGGCCAAAGUGUGAAGCCAAGAAGACCUUUAAUGGGACUUCCCCUCCCCUGGUUACAGCCCAGCUCCCCCAGAUGCUGUCUCUGCCGGUCUUAAAGUCAAUUGACAGAUGUCACUGUCCAGCUGAAAAGGGGAACACAGGGGAGGCCGGGCCUUCAGGAAACGCGGGACAAAAGGGGGAACUUGGAUCAGAUGGGGAAAAGGGAAUCGAUGGGGAGAAGGGUCUAAAAGGUGACCCAGGGCCAGUUGGUCCAGUUGGUCCUAAAGGAAACAAAGGUGAUGACGGUCUGCCUGGAGCUCCGGGACUGCCUGCUGACAAAGAAUGUCUCAACGGAAAUCAGGGCCCUCUAGGUGACAAAGGAGAGAAGGGAUUGGCUGGAGUGCCGGGUCAGCCAGGGGAACCAGGCAAAGAGGGCAAAAGGGGACGGAGAGGAAAGACCGGGGAGCCAGGACUCAGAGGCCUGCCUGUGGAGAGUGGCAAGUCUGCAGUCCUGUGGGGAAAAGGAGAGAGAGGGGACCCUGGUCAGCCCGGGACUGAAGGGGCCGGCGGGAUGAAAGGACACAAAGGUGAUGUUGGUCCUCCUGGUCCCGUUGAAAUGAACACCCAAAAGGGAGAUGAGGGCGAGAGGGGAACUCAAGGACUGCAAGGCUUCAAGGGAAACAUCGGGCCGCCAGGACUCAAGGGGGAUCAAGGACCAGAGGGUAAGCAAGGCCUGCCUGGACCCACUGGUCUCCCAGGACUCCCAGGCGAGCCAGGCUCGCCAGUGACGGCAGGGUUGCCUGGGAGAGAUGGCCUGAGAGGAGAAAAGGGGGACUCUGCUGGAGUGCUGGGGCCACAGGGAUCUAAGGGUGAGCCUGGAGCUGGAUAUAUGGACGGUGGAUUGUCUCUGACCAGAGGGACUCGAGGGCCCAAGGGGGAGAGAGGUGUCCCAGGACUGCCAGGAGACCUCGCUGAAAAAGGCGAACCCGGAGAGAGUAUCACCGGCUCGCCUGGCCGCAUGGGACCCCCAGGAAAGCCGGGAGUUGAGGGCCCUCGCGGAACCCCAGGUUUAUCUGGCCCUCCCGGAGCUCCAGGAAGAGAGGGUUCCCCUGGUAGACCAGGACUCAUGGGCCCUGCUGGACCGCGAGGUGCACCAACUGCCCUGCCUAUUGUUGGAGACAUAGGCGCAUUUCUCAAGAAUGCCUGCAGUGUGUGCCAGACGAGAACCCCGGGGCUUCCUGGGCAGAAGGGAGAGAAGGGGUCCCACGGAGCGCUAGGAGUAGAAGGCCUCGUGGGAGAAAAGGGGGAUCCAGGAGGAAGAGGUCCUAUAGGUAACCCUGGAAAAGAAGGCCCGAAGGGAGUAAAAGGAGAGAGAGGGUUCUCAGGCCCCUCAGGAGAUAAAGGCGAUGAGGGGACUUCUGGUGUACCUGGACUUCCUGGUGUGGCUGGUCGCACAGGGGCCACAGGGCUAAUGGGUAGACCUGGGCCGAUGGGCCCCCUCGGAGGCAGAGGAGGAAAAGGAAAUGAAGGACCCUCAGGCAGACCAGGGCUUCCUGGGCCUCCGGGCGUACCCCAUGUGGAGGGCAAUGGGAUGAGCAGUCUGUACAAGCUGCAGAGUGGUGGAGCUAUUUUAGGAACCCCUGGAGCUCCUGGUGCUCCGGGUCCCAAGGGAGACGAAGGACUUGUGGGGGAACCAGGAGCAAUGGGAUUACCCGGGCUUGAAGGGCUACCCGGUGCCAAGGGUGAUAACGGUUUGCCUGGUCUACCUGGGAUACAAGGUCCUCCAGGGAAGCCCAGCACUCGUGGAGAGCCCGGGAUCUCAGGAGAGCCGGGUGAGAGAGGGCCGCUCGGAGAGACAGGAUUCCCAGGGCCCGAGGGACCCCAAGGUGUUGCUGGGAGACCUGGAAAAGAUGGAACUCCUGGAUACGAGGGCUCUAAAGGUACAGCAGGGGACAGAGGAUCCAAAGGAGAACGUGGUGAUCCGGGGAUUUCUGGAGAAAGAGGCGUUCAAGGCGAGAGGGGUCGCACAGGAGAUUUUGGCCCGAUGGGACAGAUUGGACAACCCGGUCAAAAAGGAGAUAUUGGCCCUGCAGGACAUUUGGAGAAUGUAAACCUCUUGGGCGAUCCCAGCUUCAUGGAGGAAUUCAAAAUGUUCAUCAGAAACGAAGUACUGAGAGUCUUUGAAGAGAAGCUAUCGAGCGCCGCCAUGCAGCAGAAGACACCUGCAGGGAUCUUAGCUUCGCAAGUCCACGGGCCUGCAGGACCUCGUGGAAAAGACGGAUUGCCAGGAACGCCCGGAGAUCCCGGACCUCCUGGUCCUCAUGGGUACAGGGGUCAGAAAGGAGAACGAGGUCAGCUCGGUCUGGGGUUACCAGGAGACCCGGGAACCGCGGGGCAUCCAGGGCCACCUGGAAUCACUGCUCGGGGCCCUCCUGGCUCUCCCGGGCCCCGUGGAUAUCGUGGGACAUGUGACCCCAGUGACUGUCUCCUUCCCCCCCUUUGAGCCCAGCGGAGCCGGUUCCAGUACAGACGUCCAGAAGGUCGGCCUCGCUGUAUAUGAACUGCUUCCUCAGCUCUGGUUCAUCCGACUGACUCCCAGCUGACCUCUUCUGAUCACUUUACAAUAGCAGUUGGAGGAUUAUUCUUUUAUUUGUUGCAAUGCUGUACUUUCAAUGCAUUUCUUGCGUUCACGUCCCCGACUGUUACGUAAUGCAUUCCUUGUCAUCUCUCAUUAUGUCUUUCAAAACCAUGAAAUUACUUUGUUAUAUCUAGUUCAGUCCUGUCAACAACAAAAGAAAGAACUUAAUCAUUUGUUUUCCUCCUUAAUAAGCGCAUGCCUUUCCCCUCUUCUGUUGUCAUUCAGAUAAGCCAAUGGGCUGGCAGGAGGUACAACUCGUGUGUGUGGGGGGAGAUUAGCUGAAUGAAUUUACUUGUUUCAUGUGCAGGUGUGAGAAAUUGUUUGAUUUUUGAAACUCC